GAAAAAGAAAAAGUCAAGGAAAACAAAUCGCAUAAAAUUUAAUUGUUCUCGCAAAACAUCUAAACUUGUGGAGAAAUGUGAGUUUUCCGUGUUUGUUAAAACCACCACACUCCCCUUCCCCGGGUGAUCGAAAUGGAUGUUGUGCGAAACAACGUCGGCAGUGGUGCGAGUGCCACGGCAGCUGCUGGAAACGGUACCAAAAUGAUCGAUUUCAAGACGAUCUGCCGUAUUUGUGGCAAAUCGGACGAAACGCUCACCUCCGUGCACUCCCGGUAUCAGAACGAUCUGAGGGGUAAGAUUGCCAAGUAUCUCAGUGUCGACAUCGCGGAGAAUGAUCGGCUGCCGACGAAGAUCUGCUUCUGCUGCAAAGAUAUCAUCACCAAGUGGCACGACCUGUUUGAGCAGUGCCGUGUGAUGGAGGAACGAUUCGUGGCCAUCCUGGAGACCUGCGAGAAACGACAAAGUGAAUCGAGCGUUCGCGAAACGGAAACGAACAACGAGAAAGGCAACGCAUCUGUGCCAGAGGCAUCAGAACCUGAUUUAAUAGAAAGACAACCAGAGCCAAAGAAAUGCAAAAGAUCACCUGUAACGCGAUCAAAACCAGUGGAAUGUUCGUUCUGCAAAGCGGAUUCGUCUACGACCCGGUGCCAACGAUUCCCUUCACAAUCGGAUCUGGUCGAUCACAUGAAGGACGCACAUUGGGAUCAAAUAUUUCACUGCGAACAGUGCGACAACUACCUAGAUCGUACGAAACUGAUCGAGCACAUGACGAUGCAUGCCCUUAGCUUGAUACAACCAGCGGGGGGCUCUGGAGUGAACGAGGCGGAUGAGGCUAACUGUAGCGACGCAGCAGGGUCGGAGAAUUCCGCAGAAGAAGACGAACCUGAUGGUGAGCUGGAGGAAGCCGAAGGCAGCCAGCUAACGACCGAGCUAAAGUCGGGCGAGGGAAGCACAAACAAGGAGAAUGAUGACAAGGAGGACCCUGCCGCAACGGUGACUGAGCUGAAGAAUAUGGAUUCGCGGAAAUUGUACUGUUACACCUGCGAGAAAACGCUUGCUAACCGCAGCGCCUACUCGUACCACGUGAAUCAGGUGCACUUGAACAUCAAAAACUUUGAUUGUAGCUUCUGUGAGAAAAAGUUCGGCAAUCGACGGCUGCUGAACAAUCACAUUUCAAAUGUCCACUCGCGGGAGCGCAACUUUAGCUGUAACGUGUGUGCCAAGCGGUUCAAAACGAACGUCGCACUGUACAACCACUCACGGGUGCACGAUGAUAAGCUGCAGUUCAGUUGUCGGUUUUGCGAUAAAAAGUUUCGCUUCCGCAACCAUCUAGUAAGCCACGAGCUGAUCCACCUCGAUGAGCGUAGCUUUUCGUGCGGUCAGUGUAGCAAAAAGUUCAACACGAACGAGUGUCUGCAGAAGCACAAGUUGACGCACGUGACGACCGAACCGUACCAGUGUCCGCUGUGCGGUUUUAGCACCAAGCAGAAGCGCUACCUAGUGAUGCACGCUAAGCGCAUCCACAUGGUACGAUAAAGGGGACGGCGGAGAUCUUUGGAGGCACUGACAUAAUUAUCCAUAUUCCUCGGGAUCGAGUGUGGUGAGUAAUUAUUGUAAUCACUUUUUAGCAUAAACCACGUUUCUAGCAAACUACUAGCGAACCCGCGAAAAUGACCGCGUGCAAAAAGACAGAACAUUUCGAACGAUAAGAAUCUGAACCGUCGGAAGGAGGAGAGCAAAACUAUCCGUUAAACCCAUUCUCUUAGCUACCGGUGUACCUGAAUGAAGAAAAACUAAGGCGAGACGGCGUAAGAAAGAAAGAAGGGAAAACACACAGAACAACAACAUUUCGUAGAGAAAUAUGUCGUAGUGAGUAUGUAGGCAAAUCGUCGUCAUUUAGUGGAAUCGAAAGCAAAUAUCGUCAAGAUAACGCGUAGUGUAGUAGUAGUUUCAACAUGCUUCAAACACGUGGACAGUCAACAACACAAAACGAAACGGAAACGAUUAAUCACUGCAUUUCUAGUGUAAGCCAAUGGAAUAUGUAAAUCCUAUCGUAGUAGUUCAUGUUGCCAGACGCUUCCGCCGUUCGGUCGCGCCAUUUUAUUGAUCCAAAAUUGUUCCCGUUUUAGUUGCAGGAGCUAUUGAUUCGAUUUAAAAUUAACGUCAGUUGAAGCGUGUUGUGUUAUUGGGCCGAUAUGGGCGGUGGAACCGUUGUGCCACGGGAUGAUUAUGUUUUUUACUUUCCACCUUAUUACUGCCAGUAUUUAUUGUCCACUGCUUCCCAGUGAGCCGUGUUAGCGUUACUGUUUAGCGUUAAUAAUUUAUUUCACUCUCAUGUAUCGGUAGACCACCGUUACUGUUAACGGAUAAGGAUCGCGUAUUUAUUACUCGAAUAAAUUUAAUGGACCCCGCGCUAAGUUAUUAUCUGUCUAGAUUA